AUGUCUCUGUUCCGCACCAGCUUCCCUUCUUCGAGUGACUUCACUCCCUUGUUCCGCCUGCUGGACGACUAUGACAUCCACCGUACCGGCCGCCAGUCCUCUCGGUCCUCUAUGCGCUCUUUUUCACCUCGCUUUGAUGUCCGUGAGACCGGCGAGGCCUACCACCUGGACGGCGAGCUGCCCGGCAUCGCGCACAAGGAUAUCGAUAUCGAGUUCACCGAUCCCCAGACGCUGACCGUGAAGGGUCACACCGAGCGCGAGUACGAGGCGAAGACCGAGGGUGACGAGACCGAGGAAAAGGGCAAUGCCCCCAAGUCUCAGCACCGCUUCUGGGCCAGUGAGCGCGUCACCGGCGAGUUCCAGCGCACCUUUUCCUUCCCGACCCGCGUGGACCAGAAUGCUGUCAAGGCCAGCCUGAAGAACGGCAUUCUGUCUGUCGUAGUGCCCAAGGCCACUGCUUCUGUUGCCAAGAAGAUCACCGUUGAGUAA